AAAAAAAAAAAUGACAAAAGUUAAAACUGGUAUAUUAGGAGCGACAGGAACAGUAGGACAGCGGUUCAUAGUAUUAUUAUCAUCACAUCCACAAUUUAUUAUUCAUUCUAUCGGAGCUUCUUCUCGCUCAGCUGGUAAAAAGUAUGUAGAAGCUACAAAAUGGAAGAUGACAAGUGACAUACCCGAACAAGUUAAAGAAAUGGUGAUUAAAGAAUGUAAAGCUGAAUUUUUUAAUGAUUGUGAUGUGGUAUUUUCUGGUUUGGAUUCUGAUGUCGCUGGUGAAAUUGAAAUGGAAUUUUUAAAAGCGGAUUUAGUAAUUUUUUCUAAUGCAAAAAAUUAUAGAAGAGAUCCGGUUGUUCCUUUAAUAGUUCCAACAGUAAAUCCGUCUCAUUUUAAUAUAAUUCCACAUCAAAGGUCGGUUUAUUCGCUUAAAAAAGGAAUGUUGGUAACAAAUUCAAAUUGUUCAACAACAGGACUUGUUGUAGCAUUAAAACCAUUACAAGAUGCAUUUGGACCAAUAGAAUCUAUUAUAGUACAAACAAUGCAAGCAAUAUCGGGAGCAGGAUAUCCGGGGGUAUCAUCAUUAGAUAUAUUUGAUAAUGUGAUACCUUUUAUCAGUGGAGAAGAAGAAAAAAUUGAAUAUGAAACUUUAAAAAUUUUAGGGGAAUUAAAUUCAAAUCAAAAAGAAUUUAAAUUAUUAUCAUCUACGAAUGUUUCAGCUAUUUGUAAUAGAGUACCUGUUAUCGAUGGCCAUACAGAGUGUGUAUCAAUUAAAUUUAAAAACCAACCUUCACCUAGUCCUCAACAAAUUAUUGAUGUAUUAGAUUCUUACGCGUGUGAAGCUCAAAAAAUCGGAUGUUAUUCUGCUCCAAAAAAAUCUAUUAUUAUUCGUUAUGAUAAUGAUAGACCACAACCUAGAUUAGAUAGAGAUAAUGGCAAUGGUUAUAGUGUUACAAUUGGUAGGGUUAGAAAAUGUAAUGUAUUGGAUGUUAAAUUUACUUUAUUGGUACAUAACACUGUUUUAGGUGCUGCUGGUAGUAGUAUUUUAAACGCAGAAAUUGCUUUAUCUAAAGGAUUAUUGGAAAUUUAAUUAGCAAGAAGGAUAGCUUUUAAAAAAAGCAUUAAUUAUAUACAGUGUGUUGCAAAAAAAACCAGAAUUAAAAAAUCGGCUAUAACACCAUGGAAGCCCAUAGAUUUUAUCAAUAAUAAAUUAAUAUGAAAUUUAUUUUAGUAAUUUUUCUAUAAUUAAGCUUAUAAUUAUAU